AUGUGUCUCCCCCAGCGAGCCGCCUGCCGGGCGCCGCCGGGGCCGCUCCGGGCGGCCGCCCCCGUGGUGGCGCGGGUGGCCCCCUCCGUGGGCCCGCGGCCGGUGGCACCCAAGGGGCCGCCCACGGCCACCCUGCAGGUACCGGCCAACUUCCAGCUGCCCCCAGGAACUGUUCUUAUCAGAAGCAGCAAUGGCCAACUAAUGCUAGUAUCUCAACAAGCAAUAGCUCGAGCACAGAGUGAACCACAAAAUAACACAAGCGUGAGACCAUCUGUGCCGACCAGCACACCUGCAAUCAGAAUACGUGCUGUACAGAACUCUGGCACCCAGUUACUGAAGAAAGUAGCAACUACUUCUGUGAAACCAUUAUCUCAAACAACAAAUGUUGUGGCUUCUACUGCUCAGCCACCUGCUGUAAUACAGCCAGCAGCUGCAACAGCAAGUGUUACUACAGUUACUGCUGUAAAGCCUCCGAGUACUGGAACACCUGUAAAACUUCCAGUUACAGGACCACCUGCACAAGCCAUCUCCCAAAAGGCAGUCUCUGUGAAAGCAGAGGGCACAACAGUAGCACAGACCAGCGCUUCUACAGAGAUGCUAGAGAAUGUGAAGAAAUGCAAGAAUUUUCUUGCUACACUAAUCAAACUGGCAUCAAGUGGACCUCAAGCCCCUGAGAUGGGGCAAAAUGUGAAGAAUCUGGUGCAAAAUUUAUUGGAAGCAAAAAUUGAACCAGAAGAGUUUACAAAAAAGCUGUACAUAGAGCUGAAGUCGUCUCCACAACCGUAUUUAGUUCCCUUUCUCAAGAAAAGCAUGAUUGCUUUACGGCAGCUCAUGCCCAACGCUCAGAGCUUUAUCCAGCAGUGUAUGCAGCAACCAGCUCCCACCCAAGAAGCUGUUUCAACCUGUACCUCUGCAGCACCUGCUCCUUCGAUCGCAGCGGCAGCCUCAGCUGUAGCAACAACUUCUAUUCCAGUUACAAAGCCAGCGUCUGCAUCUGUAACGGUCACAGCUACUCCAGUUAUAAAACCAGUCCUUGCCAGUGUGUUGGCAACACCUUCUCUGCAGACCGUGAAGCCUAAGCCUCUUCCUUCCUCUCCAGUGGUGACAGCAUCUCUUCGUCCUGCAGCUUCAGCCCUUACCACAGCGAUAGCAACAUCAGGGCUGGCUACUAUCCAUACUGUCAAGCCAGUCUUCACCUCUGCGGUAGCAACGUCCUCUCUCCAGUCUGCAAAGCCAAAGCCACUACUGGUGUCUACAGCAGCAUCUUCAGCAGCAACUCCUCUCCAGCCUCUGAAACCAGUCCUUGGAACCCCAGUCAGUAUUAAAAUCUCACAGCCAAACUCCAUCGUUGCACAGUCAGUGGGUACUCAGCAGGUGGUUAAAGUGAAACAGUUGGUAGUCCAGCAGCCAUCAGGAACCAUUGUAAAGCAAGUAUCCACACUCCCGCAACCCUCAGUGCUGACCCUGCAGACACCUACUGAGAAGAGGAUGCCGCUGAAUACACUUGUUCAAGCUAACCAGUUUCCUGCAGGUUCCAUUCUGAAACAAAUUACCCUGCCAGGGAAUAAAAUUCUGUCACUUCAAGCAUCUCCUCUUCAGAAAGCUAAAAUAAAAGAAAACGGAGCAACAUCCUUCAGAGAUGAAGAUGACAUAAAUGAUGUGACAUCUAUGGCUGAGGUCAAUCUUAAUGAGGAGAACACGUGCAUUUUGGCAACAAACUCUGAGCUCAUUGGUACAGUGAUCCGUUCUUGUGCAGAUGAACCUUUUCUCUCCUCAGAAGUGCUUCAGAAGAAGAUCUUGAACAUAGGUAAAAGGCAUGACAUUAUGGAACUUAACUCUGAUGUUGUGAACUUGAUCUCCCACGCUACACAGGAGAGAUUACGAGGGCUUCUAGAAAAACUAACUGUAAUUGCUCAGCACAGAGUAUCAACCCACAAGGGGAAUGAUAGGUACAUCGUAUCUAGUGACACCAGAGCACAGCUGAAAUUUCUUGAAAAGCUUGACCACCUAGAAAAGCAGAGAAAGGCUGAAGAGGAACGUGAAAUGUUGCUUCGAGCAGUCAAGAGCCGUUCCAGUAAAGAUGAUCCAGAGCAACUGCAGUUAAAGCAGAAAGUGAAAGAGAUGCAACAAUUGGAGUUAGCACAAAUGCAACAAAGAGAAGCCAACCUCACAGCUUUGGCAGCCAUUGGACCAAGGAAGAAAAGACCAUUGGAUUCAUCAAGCACUGGAUCUGGGCUGGAGGGUUUGAAUCGCAAUGGAAUUGCUCCUGGAUCAUCAGGUUUUAGCCUUACGAAACCGCUGCUCUGUCCAAGAAUAACCCGCGUCUGUCUCAGGGACUUGAUAUUCUGCAUGGAACAAGAGAGGGAGAUGAAGCAUUCUCUAACCUUGUACCGUGCUCUGCUGAAGUGAAUUGAAUUUACAUUUCACCUUGCUGUCUACUGCCAAAGAAAACACUGAAGCAUUGUUGCACUGUCUUGAAAUUCCAAUUUCUGGAAGGUGAUCCGUUGUAAGGAUAACUUUUGUUUACAGAUAAACAUUUUUAUUAAAUACCUAACUUGGCACCUGUAGGGUUUUUAAUAAUAUUUGGCUUGAACCAGUCUGUAAACCAGUGAAAACAGAGCUGCACAUGCAAGCACCUCUGCCUGCCUGCCUGCAUUUAACUGACUUGCGGGCUCUGAGGGCUUGAUACGUGUACCUAGUUUAUGUAUGUCACUUGCUUCAGUACUCCAGAGUCUGCAACAUCUGUUCUACAUGUAGUGCCUUCUUCUGAUCCAACCUUAUUUAGGGAAAUAAAUAACACUUUAAAGGCACUGCAUAGCAUGGCAACUGUAUUUAAUCAUGAACCAGCAGUCAGUCAACAUGCUAAUGUAUUGCCUGUCUCACUCAGCAUCUCCUUAAAUUUUCUGGGUUUAGAAUUACUACUGGAUGCUCGGUUGUGGAGAGCAAAGUAGCAAGCAAAAGGAAGGAGGGGUGCUUUCUCACCCCACCUCACCUCAACUGGCCUCCCCCUUUCCUCUGAGAAAGUGACUGAGAGAAGGUGACCAAAUUGGUUGUUCGUGUGAUUGAAGUACAUCAGACAGUGUAGUUAGGGCAUACUUCGAUGUUUGGGGAAAAUUUGGAGUUACUAAACUUGAAUACAAGGGGUGAAAGAGCCUAAAAAGGAAGGGUAAACACAAGAAACAGAAAUCUCUUUCUGUAGAUAUUAAAAAUAGCAUUGAACCUGAGCAUAGACGUAGAAGGAAAUGAACAAAAGCAACCUGUGCUGACUGCAAAAAAGGGAAAACUUGAGAUGCGUUGGAACUUUGCAGCUGGAGACUCUCUUAAGGAGAAAAGCAAAGCACAGGAUUCACUGCUUUAUUUAGAAUGCUGAUUUAAUACCUUAACAUGGUAUAACAGGGAAACUUCCCGAAUAGAAAGUGUUUAGACAGUUGCCUGUUUCCAUUCAGUGAGGAGGAGGACUCCAGAUUAUUGAAAUUGUUAGAAUAGAUGCAAAGAUUUUCUGCUUGCUGGUGAAGACCGCUUUGUGGUGGAAGGAAAACCACCUGGGUCACCCUUCUCCCCAGCCUCCAAAGGUUUUGUCUCCCAUGACCCAGUGCCGUAUGGCUCUUUCCUGGGACCAGUGGGAAAGGCACUGGCUCUAUUGAAUGGCUUCCUGCUGAGACUUUUUGCUUCAUGCUACUUCAGAACCUGAAGCGAUGACUCAAACACCCUCCACCGUCAGAACCACUGCAGAUAGUUACCAAAUUCAGUAAGUUGUGAAUUGGUUAUGGGUUUUUGUUUUGGUUUUUUUGUUGGAACAGUAGUAAACAAAUCUAGUAAUUGAAUGCUGUAAAUUAUUUAUAUAUGUAUAUAUAGCAUAUAUAUAUAUAUAAAAGAAAAGCAGUACUUUGGCUAAGCUAUAGUUUGCAAGAUAUUGAUGGCAUCAGGCAAAAUUGUUUUGUAUAAUUAAAUGCUUAGCUUUACUUUUUAUGUAAAGUGCAGCAUUUUCCAUAUUUGUGUACUGUAUCUUAUGGAUCAGAUGUUUAAAAUUAUUUUAAAUACUGCAUUAAAGCAAUUAUUUUAU